UGUCAGGAAAGGCAGGAGACACGCUGGUACAUGUGGUCAACAACUCUGAAGUGAUCUCGGUUAAACCAGCAGUGCUGAAUGUCUGCAGAGCCAGGGAGCAUUGAAAACCUGAAUCUUUGUCCAGGACGCGAUCAGCUUCAAGAAGCAGCUUGAAUCAGCGGUUGUUGCUCGAAGCGACUUAUUUUUUGGGUUGUGAUUUCUUUACACUUUCCACACUGCAGACGUUAUCCAGAUGUUUGAGUAGUUUUAAAGUGGCAACUGAUGGCAGGGUUAUUCUAGCCCCCUAAAGAUCUCAUUGUACUUUGAGAAUCACCUAGACAAAGCGGAGCAGUCUCAGGAGCUGCGGAGGGAUUUAGUGAAUUUGUGAAACUCAGUUUUCUCGUUUCGGACAAAUGAUUUCAAUUACAUAACUGACUUGCCAAUAUCGCCCAAGACUGAAUCCCGACACCCGUACAUCUUCCUCUGUGUUGACAUCACCUUUGUGCAGGGACUAUGCUGAUGAAGGAGUACCGCAUUUGCAUGCCUCUUACAGUGGAGGAGUACCGGAUUGGCCAGCUGUAUAUGAUCAGUAAACACAGUCAUGAACAGAGUGAACGUGGGGAGGGGGUGGAGGUGGUCCAGAACGAGCCGUACGACGACCCAGAGCACGGAUCAGGCCAGUUCACAGAGAAACGAAUCUACCUCAACAACAAGCUGCCCAGUUGGGCCAGAGCGGUUGUCCCUAAAAUCUUCUAUGUCACAGAGAAGGCGUGGAACUAUUACCCUUACACCAUCACAGAGUACACGUGCUCCUUCCUGCCCAAGUUUUCCAUCCACAUAGAAUCCAAAUACGAGGACAACAAAGGGAGCAAUGAUAAUAUCUUUAGCAGCGAGCCCAAAGAAGAGGAAACAGAGGUGUGCACCGUGGACAUCGCCUAUGAUGAGAUCCCCGAGCGCCACUACAAGGACUCCGAGGACCUGCGGUAUUUUAAGUCAAAGAAGACUAACCGAGGCGUCCUACAGGAAGGAUGGAUCGACAGCCAAGAGCCCAUCAUGUGCUCCUACAAACUGGUCACGGUCAAAUUUGAAGUCUGGGGCCUGCAAACACGUGUGGAGCAGUAUGUACACAAGGUGAUUCGAGAUGUCCUGCUUUUAGGACACAGACAGGCCUUUGCCUGGGUGGAUGAGUGGAUUGAAAUGACCAUGGAGGAGGUCAGAGAGUAUGAGCGUGCCACACAAGAAGCCACCAACCUGAAGAUCGGCUCCUUCCCUCCCGCCAUCUCCAUCUCAGAGACCCCCCUUGUCGCUCGCAGCGGCCCCAGCAGCGCCCCGUCCACCCCCUUCUCCACAGAAGCCCCAGAGUUCCUGUCGGUUCCGAAGGAGCGUCCCAGGAAGAAGUCUGCUCCGGAGACCCUGACCCUGCCGGACCCGGGCCGCAGGGAUUCCCUCUUCAAGCUGCCAAACUUUUUCUCCUGGAACUCCAGUCCGCAGCCCGAAUGAGAGCGGGGCUGAACGCCUUCGACCCGUGGACCAGUGGAGGCUGCCUGCCCAGCACAUCCCACAAUAACCCCUCAGCCAGCCGAAGUGAAGGAGACUUUUCACUGUCCUGGUAACCCCCUCCGCAGACUCGUCGGUGUUACAGGUGGCCUGAUGUCCUUAGCAAACAGUCCUGCGAGGUGUAAAGGUAAAGUGCGUCCCAUUGAGAGAAACAGCUGGAGGCUCCUCAUCCUCCUCAGAAAACCAGCGCCGUGCAUCAGACAGUAUUACUCAGAGUGUAGCGUACAUUCCUGAAAAUGUUUUAUCCCACAGUUUAACUCCUGUGUAGACAGAUCAGUCACUUCUCGUGUACAGAAAACUGUUUUCUUUCCUGCUUUGAGCAUCUGAGUCUCUGGCUGUGUUACCUGGAGCUUGUGGUUUGAUGUAUUUGUUGAUGUGGUUGGGACUUUUCCACGGAUUCUUGUUGGCCACUGUAUCAGUUUAGUAUUAAGGUUUUCACAGUCAGGUGUAAGGUGAUUAUGUAUUCUUGUAUAUAUUGUAUCAACAUUACAUAACCUGUAAAAUGUCCGUACUUAAAAACAAUAUUAUAUCCAGUAAUGAUGCUGCUAUGAAAGUGUAUUUUAGAGAACAGGACUCUCUUUCCUCUCUAAGUGUUUAUGAUAGUGAGGCACAACGUCUGUAAUCGCAUGAUUUGAACUACGAAGGCUGCUUUUGAAAUAUUCUAUGUUCUCUAUUUUUACUGUUAUCUCAGUCUGACACUUGCUGUUGAGUUUUAACAGACUGGUCAUGUGGUUUCUGUGUUAUUUUGCAGCUUUAUUCAUUUCAAAUGUAUUCUUGUUUUUAUGUCAUACUGUUGAUGGGUUUUGUAUUCAGUCAAUUAUAUUAAAAUGCAAUCCUGUUGUAAUCCA